AUGAGUCCCGCCGCAGAUGAGACCGGCUCGCUGCCUCUCAGCACGCUCCCGCAGCCCGGCCACGACUGGUCCAUCAGUCUCAAGGACAAGGUCAUCGCCAUCACCGGCGCAAACCAGGGCAUCGGGCUGGGCAUCGCCGAGGUCUGCCUGGCCAAUGGCGCCGCCUGCGUCUACUCGCUCGACGUCUCCGAGCCCGGUGAGCCCUUUCAAGGUCUUCUGAAGCAGCAGCCUGGCAAGCUUGCCUUCCAGCACUGCGACGUGACCGACGAGAACAGCGUCGCAGCGGCGCUCGACGCCAUUGUCGAGGCCAAGGGCCGCUUCGAUGGCAUGGUCGCCAAUGCCGGCGCUACCAAGCACCAGCCUGCGCUCGAGUUCUCCAUGGAGCAGGUGGAGAGGCUGUUCAAGCUGAAUGUCUUUGGCGCGUGGAACUGCGCGACGGCUGCGGCCAGGAUGUUCAUCAAGCUCGGGUGCAAGGGGAGCAUCGUCUUCACGGCCUCCAUGACCUCCUACAGGCCGAACAGGGCUGCUCCUUCAGCGCCUUACGGUGCCACAAAGGGCGCUGUGCGCAACAUGACGCACACGCUCGCCAUGGAAUGGGCGCAGUACGGCAUCCGCGUCAACUCCAUCUCACCCGGUUUUGUCAAGACGGCGCUGACAUACUAUGUCGAGCGGUCGUCGGACUGGGACACCAAGAUGAAGUAUUACGGCGGCAUGCCUCGCCUUGCGCUGCCGCAGGAGUUGGGUGGCGCAUACGUCUACCUGCUGAGUGAGACGGCGACUUACACGACGGGCAUUGAUAUACCCAUUGCGGGUAUUGUCGGUGCGUGGUAG